ACACGGGUUAUAGCUUUCAAUUGUUUUUAUUAAUCAAUAUUCUAUUGAUUGGUCAGAGGUUAUGGACAAAAAAGAUUUGUCCAAGCUACGGAGGUUGUUCAUAAUUGGGACAGCUAAAACACUUGUAGGGAUGAAUUGUGCUUGGAUGCUAGUCCAGUCUAGAUGAGACUUUGAGUUUUCAAUCUGUUCAAGUUAAUUUAUGAUAUUAGGUAAAACGGUAGAUAUUUGAAAUUACUAAAAUAAUAAAAAUAGGAUGGUUAAAAAAAAAAAAAAGAAGCGUUUUUCAUUAUCUAUCAAUAAAAUAUUAAUUCUUCAGUAUAAUACCAUUAUUAGACUAUCCCACGCCUAAUUUGACUUGCAAAUCACAGCAAAAGCUAUGCGAUAAUCUGAACCGCUAUCCUGACUACUUAGUUAAAUUCAUGCAGCUAUUUCGCUUGGGAGCUUUUAAAGCUAUGCACGUCAAAUCUCAAGCGGGUCCCUUAAUAGGCAGACCUAGGGAAAGGCCACUAUAAAACCCAGAUUGUACGGCACAGCCACUUCUUCUGUUGCACUUAUACUGCAACUACUACUACUGAUUCUGAUUCCCUGCAUAACUUCAAAAAGUCCAGAUCCAUCAUUUUUCUACCAUUUCACUUCCUAAAUAUGUCAAAACACAGACCCAUUCUCAAUCUGUCUCUGGCUUUUAUAUUGCUUGAAGUAGUAGUCGUACAUUCAAGAACCUACCUUGGAGACAUACGAGUGCUCAAGGAUCUAAAGAAUGGAUUGGACCCCAGCUCCAUUUCCCCUGCAUCUUGCCUUAGUUCAUGGGACUUCUCUUUGGACCCAUGUGAUCACAUCUUCAGCGACAAAUUCACUUGCGGCUUCAGGUGUGAUCGAGUUGCCUCCGGUUCAUUCCGAGUUACUGAGAUCACUCUUGACCCUGUUGGUUAUUCUGGUUCACUUUCUUCUACCACAUGGAACCUCCGUUUCUUACAAACGCUUGACAUCUCCGAUAACUCAUUCUUUGGCUCAGUCCCUGAGUCACUUGCCAAUCUCACGCGCCUUCGUCGUCUCAGUCUCUCCAAAAACUCUCUCUCAGGCGAGUUACCAUUCUCCCUCGGGUCUCUCUCCCACCUCGAAGAGCUCUACCUUGAUAACAACAAUCUCAACGGAUCUUUACCUUCAAGCUUCAGUUCUCUUGUAAGCUUAAAAAGACUCGAAAUCCAACAAAACAAUAUCUCGGGUGAGUUCCCUAAUUUGCAUUCGCUAAAACGCUUGUACUUUGUGGACGCAAGCGAUAACCAGUUCUCCGGUCAACUUCCGUCAACAUCGCCAAUGUCUCUUGUUGAGCUUUCAAUGCGAAACAAUAACUUAAAAGGGAACAUACCGCACAAUUUAGGCGAUUUGGAGUAUUUACAGGUUUUAGAUCUCAGCCACAACCAAUUAUCAGGGCCUGUAUUAUCACUUAUUUUUAACCAUCGGAGCCUUCAACAGCUGACUCUAUCUCACAAUAACUUCAGAGUCUUGCAAGUUCCAAGGACAAAGGGUUUUACCAGUAAACUUAUAGCUCUCGAUUUAAGCCAUAACAAUCUUGGAGGCCUAUUGCCAGCAUUUCUUGGCUCGAUGCCCAAGUUAUCUGCUUUGAAUUUGGAGCAAAACAAGUUUACAGGGAUGAUACCAACUCAGUACGCUCUGAAAGCGGCAGUUCAAAAAGCUCAUACGUCGUCGUUUGAGAGACUGUUAUUGGCAGGAAACUACUUGUUCGGGCCGAUUCCGGGUCCUUUAAUGAGUUUGAAACCGGGUUCUGUUGAUUUGAGCCUGGUGGAUAAUUGUUUAUACAGGUGCCCUGACAACCUUUUCUUUUGCCAAGGUGGGGAUCAGAAAUCGUUAGUGGAUUGUAAGAGCUUUCGGCCUUAAAUUCCUUAAUUAAAGAUAGUUGCUGGAUAGUACUCUUAAGUGAACCAGAUUUGUAUUAUAAUACAUAUGUUAUUUGCUU